CUUUGAUUCCCAUUCCCAUAACAAACUCAAAAACUCAACCAACCUUUCUCUCUGCAAGAAACCAAACCAAAAGUCAUUGAUAAAAAAUUGUUGGAAAAAAAAAAAAUGGAAGGCGUUGUUGCCUAUGAGAAUGAUCUCAACCUCAAGGCAACUGAGCUCAGACUUGGGUUGCCAGGAACUGAAAGAAAUCAGGAACAAGCAGUUUCUUGUGCUAGAAACAACAAGAGGCCAUUGCCGGAGACCGGAGAUCAGAAUGGUGGAGCCAAAGCCAAAUCUGAUGCUCCCAACACACCUCCUGCCCCUAAAGCACACACAGUGGGGUGGCCGCCAAUUCGGUCCUACAGGAAAAAUAGUUUGCAGCAGCCCAAGCAGACUGCGGCUGAAUCUUCUGUGAUGUACGUGAAAGUAAGCAUGGAUGGGGCACCAUACCUUAGAAAAAUUGACCUUAAGGUUUACCAAGGUUAUCCAGAGCUCCUCAAGGCCUUGGAGAACAUGUUCAAGUUCACCAUAGGUGAAUACUCAGAGAGAGAAGGCUACAAAGGAUCAGAAUAUGCUCCUACUUACGAGGACAAAGAUGGUGACUGGAUGCUGGUUGGAGAUGUUCCAUGGGAAAUGUUCAUGUCGUCUUGCAAGAGGUUGAGGAUCAUGAAAGGAUCAGAAGCAAGAGGCUUGGGCUGUGGAGUAUGAAAACCCCCACAAGCCAUAGCAGCAACCCAACAGAGCAGGGAAAAGACAACAUUUUUUUGACUAAUAUGAAGAGAAAAUCUUUACAGCUUGGGUUCUUCAGGAAGAUAUUCAAUCUGAAUCUCUGGGUCACGCUACUGACAGAUCCUCCGCAGCUGAACAAAAAUGGCAGAGUGUUUGGACAUCUAUAUGAUGUCAAUUUUGUUGGUCCUUGUGAUCUCAUCAAACCAAAACUGCAUACAGGAAGAUAUUCCCUUCAAAUGCAACUGUGUAAAUGGAAUUUUUUUUAAAAAAAAAAAAAAGGAAAUUGAAGAUAGGCCCCCCCAAUCCAAGUUUUAGUUUUGUAGCAAUCCAUACAAUACUAUAAAAUUAUAACGUACUAAAGUGUGUUGUUAAUUGCAAGAUUUUGUUUGCUUCUGUUUCUAAUGAUUCUAUACUUUCAAUGUUUUGUCAUGAAUUGAAAAUUUUUUAUUCU